AUGUGCGAUCGUAGAAAAACUUUAACUGAUCCCACCGCGGAUUUUGUCUUAUCAGAUUUAUUAUCGGCAACUGAAGAUCUCAUCGAUUUCUCCAUCAAUGUAUUCGAUUCAAUACGUUUGCAAUCGCAUUUUAAUGAUCGAAAUCGACGUGUUAACCUUGCAAUGCAGCUUAAGGAUGCGUCCGAUGCACAACAAACUGAAUUCAGUACUUUAACUAACCCAAAAAAGCCAUGCACGGUUACGACAACUUUGAAAUACGAUCUAAAUCUCUAUCUGGAUCGUAUUUUACAAUCGUGUAAACGAACAAAAGCAAACUUGAUGUUAUUGCGGAUAUCACGUUCACGUGGUACAAACACUACUCUUCUGCUCGUUGCUUCGACGAGUGUUCGAGUUGAUCAAUUAGAAAAAAAAGUGCAAUUGUUGAUGCGAUUAGUGAAGGAAAACGGUGGCGAUUUUCAAAUGAAGAAAAAGAAAAAGAAGAAAGAAAGUUCAAAAACGAAAAUUGAAGACGACACAAAACCUCCAGUAAAACAAGCAAAACCCGUCAAAAAGCCGCCAAUCUCGUCGAUAUCCAAAGAUGACCUCGGUGACUACGUAGAAAUCGCCCUCAGCUUUCGAAUGAUCAUCACCAAAUAUCGCGAAUUCAUCCAACACAUGCGCGAUGCGACAAAAUCCAUUCUCUCAUCAAACGGACAAGCAUCCAUUGCUAAUUCAAUCAUUCUCAUACCAAUUGCAGCGAAUGCCAUCAGCGAAUUGAAUAACAUUUUAAAUCGUCUCAUUCGCAUUGCUUUUACGAUCGAAGCUGAAUCGAAUCAUUUACGUCAAUUGCCUCAUCUUUCAACUGAAAAUGAUAGUCAAGAAUUAUACCUACAAGGUACUAAAGAAGAAAACGAACCAGUGCGAAUCGCAAGUUCGAAAUUAUUAGAAAGAGCUCCACCGAAAAAGGAAGACCUUUCGCAUUCAAGUGGAACAAGUUUAAAACGAAAUACAUAUUCAUUGCUAAAACAAAAUGAAAAUCGAACAAAUUUUCAGAAUCAAUCAGCUCUGAUGAGUAUUAAGAAUUACUAUAGAGGAAUCAUAGUUGCAUUGAGUUUUACAAUCGGUGCGAUCAUUAAACUUUCACUUUUACCAUGCUAUCAUUCAACGGAUUUUGAAGUCCAUCGCAAUUGGCUGGCGUUGACACAUAGUUUGCCGCUGCAACAAUGGUAUUACGAAAAUCGAUCCGAAUGGACAUUGGAUUAUCCCCCGUUUUUUGCCCAUUUCGAGUAUGGACUAUCCAAAUUUGCUUCGUACUUUGAUCCAGCUAUGCUCGAUGUUAAUAAUCUGAAUUAUGCGAGCGAAAAAACGAAAUUAUUCCAACGAUUGACUGUUAUCGGAAGUGAAAUUGUUUUGGCAUUGGCAAUUUAUUCAUUGAUGAAAACUAUGCAGAUCGGUAGAAAAAAUCAUGAUAUCCCUAUGCCAAUAAUUCAACUUCUAUUCGCUUUAAGUUUAUUGGUUAAUUUUGGCCUACUCAUCGUUGAUCAUAUUCAUUUUCAAUACAAUGGAUUUCUAUUAGGCAUUCUCUUGACGUCCAUCAGUUGCAUGUAUCGAAAUGAAUAUCUAAUGAGUGCAAUUUGGUUUUCAACCUUACUUAACUUUAAACAUAUUUUCCUCUAUAUUGCACCAGCAUAUGUUGUUUAUUUAUUUUACGGUUUUUGUGUUAAACAAAGUUCGAAUCCGGUACGAUUCUUGGUUAAUCUAAUUGCUUUGAGCAUCGCUACACUUGUUCCAUUUGUAUUAUCAUUUGGUCCAUUCAUUCUGAUGAAUCAACUACCACAAGUACUUGCGCGAUUAUUUCCAUUCAAACGCGGUCUUUGUCAUGCAUAUUGGGCACCUAAUAUAUGGGCAUUGUACAACGUUUUCGAUAAAGUCUUGGCUAUCGUUGGACGGUACACACAUCUCUUUCGUGUUCGUUCGGUAUCUGUAUCGAUGACGUCUGGUCUUGUACAAGAUAUUGAACAUCAGGUAUUACCGUCUAUCACUCCGGGAAUGACGUUUAUUCUUACAUUUAUAUUUAUGAUUCCGAGUUUAAUUCGAUUGUUUUUUCGUUGUUCGAAACGCACAUUUUUGGAAACAAUUAUUCUUUGUGCAUUGACUUCGUUUCUCUUUGGAUGGCAUGUUCAUGAAAAAGCGAUUUUAAUAGCCAUUAUUCCACUCAGUUUAUUAGCAUUCGAUAGUCGUGAACAUGCUCGUUGUUUUCUUCUGCUUUCGACAUUCGGUGGAUUUUCACUCUUUCCUUUGAUAUUCACUGGACCAGAAAUUCCAAUAAAAAUUGGACUCUUUGUUGCUUAUACGUCGUUUCUCUUCUACACACUCGGUGAAAUACAUGGUGAUCAUGGUACAACAUUCUGUCUACCAUUGCUCAAUCGACUAGAAACAUUUUCAGUAGUUCUAUUGAUUCCACUUUGUCUCUAUUGCGAAUGUUUACACACAGUUUUACACAUCGAUCGUCUCCUACCCUUUUUACCUUUGUUAUUGAUUUCUAUCUAUUGUUCGAUUUUUAUUGUUUACUGUUGGAUUCGACUGCAUACAAUCGAAGCUCAUCUAGAAGAUGAAUUAACAGCGGUUGAAUCCACAGUUCAAUUUAGUGGAAGAUGGAAUAGAAAACGAGGACAAAAACAGGAAUAA